AUGUCGACCUUAAAGCCAUCGCUCACCUCUGUGUCUAAUGAUAACGCUACUGUAAUGACAAGCAAGGACUACUAUUUUGACUCGUACUCACACUUUGGUAUACAUGAAGAGAUGCUGAAGGAUACGGUGCGCACAAAGGCUUACAUGAACGCCAUUUUGCAAAGCAAACAUCUCUUCAAGAACAAGACCGUUCUCGACGUCGGGUGUGGUACCGGAAUUCUCUCAAUGUUUGCCGCCAAAGCUGGUGCGAAACAUGUUUAUGGUGUCGACUGCUCGAAUAUUUUAACUCAGGCCCGCGACAUUGUCAAGGCUAACGGAUUUGCUGACAAGAUCACACUUAUCCAGGGCAAGAUGGAAGAACUAUCGCUACCGGUGGAUAAUGUGGACAUCAUCAUUUCGGAGUGGAUGGGCUACUUCCUGCUUUAUGAAUCUAUGCUAGACACAGUGCUUUAUGCACGUGAUAAGUAUCUGGUCUCCGGUGGACUUAUGUUUCCGGACCAUGCCACACUCUUUAUUGGAGCCAUUGAGGAUGGAGAGUACAAGACCGAGAAGCUUGACUUUUGGGACAAUGUCUACGGCUUUGAUAUGAGCUGCAUCAAAGAGAUUGCCAAGAUAGAGCCGUUGGUUGACACCGUCAGCAGUGACGCUUUGCUCACUGAUGUUUGCCCGAUACUCGACAUUGACCUGACCAAAGUUACUAAAGAGGAACUUAAUUUCUCAUCUUCGUUCAAACUGACUGCCUUCCGCCAGGAUUUUUGCCAUGCGCUUGUGGCAUAUUUUGAUUGCAUGUUUUCGGCAACACACAAAAAGCUGAGCUUCUCCACUGGCCCCAAGGCUGAGUACACGCACUGGAAGCAGACUGUGUUUUAUUUGGAGGGCGAGCUUGCAUGUCACCCUGGCGAGGUGAUUGAAGGUGAGCUGACGUGCAAGCCCAACGCAUCCAAUCCUCGCGACCUGGAUAUUGACAUAAACGUGCGCUUUGAUGGCGGCAGCGGCUCUUACAAUCGCCUGCAUGAGUUCAAACUUCGCUAG